AUGAUAGUUGGAAAUUUAAAACUAUACACAUCCAUAGAAACUGUGAUGGCUAAUGACGUUAAUACUGCCUAUCCCGUUGUAUUUCUCGACUCCUCAGAGUUAACAGGUGUAUCGUCGCAUAAGCUGGAGCUUAACUUUGGCGUUCUAGCUCUGCUGAUGCAAAGUCUUGAUGCACAAAGACUGUGCAACAGCAGCAGGCUUCGUAUCAGAGAGCUUGGCAGUGAUAUUAUAAAAGCUGCCGUAAUUACAGGAGAUGCUAAAGGGGACAGUGUUUUAAUUCCCCGCAUAUCUGUUAUUCCAAACAUCUUGCCAUUUUGUUUCAAGAGGUUGCAAUUUCCCUUAAAAUUGGCUUUUACAUUGACGAUCAAUAAAUCCCAGGGCCAAACCAGGGCUUAA